UCUGUCUCUGUCAUUCUUACAUAAACCAAAUCAAAACUCUCUCUCUCUCUCUCUCUCUCUCUCUCUAUAGAAUUUCAACCCAUCUUGAUCUUCAUCAACAAAAACUCCAAACAACACACACACCCAGAAUCAAAAAAAUUGAUUUUGAAUUAAGUCUUGUUUGUUUGUUCCAUUUUCAUCUAUGGAACCAGAAAGAUCAAAACCACUACACAACUUUUCAUUACCAUGUUUGAAAUGGGGAACAACAAGGUUACUAAGAUGUGUUAACAACAACAAUAAUAAUGACCCUUCACCUCUCAUCAAUCCCAAUUCAUCUCAAAAUGACCCAAUUCGUAAAAACGAUGAAUCUGUUGAUGCUGUUCGUGAAAGAAUCAUGGGUGAUCUUAGAGUCGCUGCAAAAAAGCUUAAAGUUUCAAUUUUUGAAGAAAAUGGUGAUGUUGGUGGUGGUGGUGGUGGUUCUAAUGGUGCUAUUAGGCCAUGGAAUUUGAGAACAAGAAGAGCUGCGUGUAAAGCACCACCGCCACCAUCGUUGCCGAUACCGCCGCCGGUUAGGGAUGAUGGAAGAAGGUUUUUUGAUGUUGGAUCAUCUACACCUUCUUCUCCUAUGGUAAUGAAGAAGAAGAAAAUGGUGAUGGUGAAUGAGAAAGUUAAAUUUUCUGUUUCUCUUUCUAAGGAAGAGGUUGAAGAAGAUUUUUGGGCUUUGGUUGGGACUAGACCACCUAGAAGGCCCAAAAAGAGGCCCAGGAUUGUUCAGAGACAAUUGAAUUGUUGUCGAUUGGAGACUAUAUAAACCAAGACAUUGGGCUCAAGUAGUUAAUGAACUCCCCUAGGACGAAUUGUUUGGGAGAACCCGAGUUUAAUUCCUGGUGGGAACAAUUCUUAGCCAAACUUUACUUACAUUGUGGACGAACUCUGGAUUACCGGGCUCCCUUCCCUGGAAACCAGAGGGUUAAUACCAAAAAAGAAAGUAUACCGACUAUAUAAAGGUAUAAUGAAGCAGAAAUUGAACAAUAUGAACAAAUCCUUAUUGUUCUGUGAUAUAUGCUAUUUUGUGAGAAGUGUUGUCACAUAGCGGUAUAGUACGGCAUAGCAGAAAUUGAACAAACUUAGUACAGUAGCAUAGCCGAAAUUGAACAAACUUUUAUUUUCGGUGAUUGGCAACGCUGCAUGAAAUGAUCAAUGAAGUGAUCCCGUGAAAUGCCACAUUCUAUUAGUUGUGUUUGUCAAAUGACGGCUAUAGCAUAGUGGAAUUUGAGCAAAUUGUUAUCGUUUUUCUAUACGCUAUUUUGUACAAACUGUUGUCAAAUAGCAUAGUGUUAUAACACAGUAAUGUAGCAGAAUUUGAACAUGAUGUUAUUUCCUGCAAUUUGUGGUCUGCAACAUUGUAUGAAAUGACUAAUGAAGUGAUUAUUAUAGGUUUCAUUUUCUAGCUUUGUUAGAAUUUUACAUUUUUUUUGUAUUUGUUAAUGUGAAUCAUGUCUCAAAAGUUGUUUUCUAAAGU